AAAAAAAAAAAAAACUAAUUUAAUUCCCUUUUUUUUUUGUACCUUUUUUUUUAGUUAGUUCAUUCAGACAUAGAAAAUCUAAUCAAGUUCAUUAACAAGAUUGAAUUAGUAAAAGUUAAAUACAUUAGCCUCGCCAUAAGUAUAAAUAAGUCAUACAUAGACAAAUAAUGAGUGGUGGCAAUAUCAAAGUCGUUGUACGAUGCCGACCGUUAAACUCUAGAGAACUUGCGCGUGGCGCUACCUGUUUAAUUCGUAUGGAAGGAAAUCAAACGAUUAUCACAAAACCUGCAGGUCAGAAAACAAAUCAAGAUGCCGAAGAUACGAAAUCAUUUACAUUUGAUAAAUCGUAUUGGUCAGCAAAUAAAUCUGACCCACAUUAUGCAGAUCAAAAUACAGUUUAUAAUGAUUUGGGUGAAGAUUUGUUAAACCAUGCCUUUGAUGGUUAUAAUUGUUGUAUUUUUGCAUAUGGUCAAACAGGUGCUGGUAAAUCGUAUUCAAUGAUGGGCUAUGGUGACGAUAAAGGCAUCACACCAAAAACCUGUUGUGAAUUAUUUAAUCGAAUUACAGAUAAUACAGAUCCUAACUUAACCUAUCGAGUCGAAGUUUCAUAUAUCGAAAUUUACAAUGAAAAAGUUCGCGACCUGUUAAAUCCUAAAAAUAAAGGAAAUCUUAAGGUGCGUGAACAUCCAUCUUUAGGCCCUUAUGUUGAAGAUCUUUCUCGUUUAGUCGUUCGCUCAUUUGAUGAUAUCAACGAUUUGAUGGAUGAGGGUAAUAAAGCUCGUACAGUUGCUGCAACAAAUAUGAAUGAAACUUCUUCAAGAUCACAUGCUGUCUUUACAUUAUUUUUGACUCAAGUUCGUAUAGAUGAAACAACAAAAUUAGAAACAGAAAAAGUAGCCCGUAUUAGCUUGGUUGAUUUAGCUGGUAGUGAACGAGCAAAUAGUACAGGUGCAACAGGUGCUAGAUUGAAAGAAGGUGCAAACAUCAAUCGAUCAUUAACAACCCUAGGUAAAGUCAUUUCUGGUUUAGCUGAACAAUCCAUAUUGACUGAAUCUACGAAAAGAUCAGGCAAGAAAGGGAAAGAUAUCUUUAUUCCCUAUCGUGAUUCAGUCUUAACAUGGUUAUUGAAGGACUCUUUGGGUGGUAAUUCUAAAACUGCCAUGAUUGCUGCCAUCUCUCCUGCUGAUUAUGAUGAAACACUUAGUACACUUCGAUAUGCUGAUCAGACAAAGAAAAUUCAAAAUAAGGCAGUUGUAAAUGAAGACCCAAAUGCUAAAAUGAUUCGUGAAUUAAAAGAAGAGCUUUCAACUCUACGAGAACGACUCAGAGUAUAUGCACCAGAAGCUGUUGAGGAGUUGGCAUCCGUUUCUGGAAUUCGUGAUAUCAGAAUACAACAACCCCUCACUACUCGAAAUAGGAUGAAUCAAGUCCUUACCUUCACUGAUACUCAAGGCAACACAAAAAAAAUGUCCAAGCAAGAAAUCGUCGAUCAGCUACAAUGUUCCGAAAAACUCUUGGCUAAUUUAAACGAAACUUGGGAAGAGAAAUUAAAACGUACUGAAGAAAUUCAUCAGGAACGGGAGUUAUCCUUAAAAGAACUUGGUAUCACAAUUGAUAAAAACGAAAUGGGGGUUUAUAUGCCAAAGACAAUUCCUUUUAUUGUCAAUUUAAAUGAAGAUCCUCUUAUGUCUGAGUGUUUAAUGUAUCAAAUUAAGUCUGGUAAAACUCGAGUUGGUAGGCAGGAUGGCCAGCAUUCAUGCGAAAUUCGUCUUAGUGGAGCAAAUGUUUACGAUGAGCAUUGUUGGUUUGAACAGGACCAAGAUAUCGUCACAUUGUAUCCAAGUCAAAAUAAAGAUGCGCUAACGAUGGUCAAUGGUAUCCGCAUUUAUGAACCUCAUCCUUUAAAGAAUGGAUAUCGUAUUAUUCUAGGACAUCAUCAUAUUUUUCGAUUUAAUCAUCCUGAAGAAGUUAGGAAGGAACGUAGCAAGAACACUUCAAGGACUGAUUUAUGCUCACCACCGCCAUUAUCACCACCAUCUCUAUCAGAUGACUGUGAGCUUGCUAAUGAUAAAGCAAGCAGUACUACAUUAUUUCACUCGGAAGUAAUGGAUUGGAAUUUUGCGCGUUUAGAGGCACUACGUAAUCAUUAUUCAACAGAAACUAAUAUCAGUGGUCUUAACGAUGAAGAAAUUGAGAAAAUUUAUGAUGAUAUUGGUAGAAUACGGAAUUCAAGAAGGACAACACGUAUUAUAGACGAUGAAGAUGAUUCCUCCAGUAGUAAGAGUCUUUAUCAACUAUCGACAUCGGCUACUAUGGUAGAUGAUGGUAGUAUCUGUACGGAUAUUACUGUUGUAGCUACACAAGAAAAGAUAAUUCAAGACGCUAAAGAAAAACAUCAACGAGAAUUAAGUCUUCAGAAAAGUUUUUAUGAGGCUCAAAUCCAUCGCAUGUCAUCCAUGCACCAAAUAUUGAAUAUACCUGUGUAUUAUACAGAACGACAAAUAGAAUUGAUUCAGACAUCUCUUCAACGAUGGAAAGGUCUCCGAUAUGUCUCCAUGGCUGAAGUUAUUUUAACACAUGCAGCUCUCUUGAAGGAAGCUAAUAUUAUAUCUCGCAAGUUAGAAAAGCAGAUUAUUUAUCAGUUUACGAUUAUUGAAGAAAACUUUAGCCAUUUAAAAUCUUAUUGGGAGGAAACCUCGAAUCUUUCUUCAUUUGACGAAGAUGAAGAAGACAAUACUGCUAAUGCAACUACUUUCUUGCAUUCUUCUUCUUCUUCUUCUUCUAAGCCCUGUAUUGGUAUUCGUGUUAUUGAUCAUAAAAACCAAUCCAUUUAUGUUUGGUCCAUAGCAAAAUUAAAGAAACGUCUUUAUAAAAUGAGAAAUCUACUUGAUUUUAUGGAUCGUCCUCAUUAUCGUAAGCACUUGAAUUGGGAAGAUCCCUUUUAUGAAACCCCGUGUCCCAGGUAUUCAUUUAUAGGUGCAGCUGCUAUCUCAGUACGCAAUUUGGCAUUUAAAAAGCCACAAGCAUAUGAAAGUUGCGUUGAAAUUUUAUGUCGUAUUACAGGACAAGUCAAGGGCAAGCUUCGUGUUCUUAUCUCACCCGUCACACGUACAACGCAAGCCAAUAUUAAUUAUUUUACAGAAGAGCCGUUGGAGAUGAAUAUAAAUGAUAAAGUGAAUGUCAAGGAUCAAGAUCGAAAAGAGGAUGAUAUCUUACAAGUAGGAGAACAAUUACUCUUUGAGAUUCGUAUACUGGAGCUUACUGGGUUAAAUGAAGAUGAGUUUACAGAUGUUCAUGUUCAGUACCGACUCUCCUCUUUUGGAAGUGUUUCACGACAACAAGAAGAAUUAUUUGCAACGCCGUCUUCUCAAAAUUUUGGUAAUAAUAAUAGCAUACAAUUAGAUUAUAGUCAAACAUUUUCGAUUCUUAUCACGGAACGUACAAAGGAUAUUUUAAUCUCUGAAAUGGUUUAUUUUGAACUCUAUGGACGUGCUAAGGCUCGUUUCCUUUCAUCGUGCGAACGAUGGGAUGAUCAACGUGAGAAGCCUCAAUUAAUUGAGAUGCUUGCAGAAAAUAAUAAGAGAAGUGAUCCUUUGCUGCAACCUAUGGAUCAUCAUGUUGUUCCACAACAAGGACUAUUAGAGACUGAAAGACAUGAUAUAUUAGCAUGGAUACAAAUUUGUGAGCUCAUGCCAGAUGGUAAAUAUAUACCAGUUGUUUCACAACAGAAUUCUUUAUUAGACCGUGGUGUCUUUCUUUUGAGACAAGGGCUUCAAAGGCGUAUACAGAUUACUCUCAUGCACAAUUCAGGCCGUCAACUUGUAUGGAGCAAGAUAUCAAAGGCUACAAUUGGACAUGUUCGAUUACUAGAUACGAAGGGAAGGAUAAUAAAUUCGCCUACACAUGAAGAUGUUAUGAUUCGUCUUUUAUUUCAUCAAGAGGUUCAAUAUAACAAUGAUGGAACCAGUACACUUACUGCUCAAGGCGCUUGGGAUUCCUCACAACAUGAUUGUAUCUUCCUCAAUCGUCUCACUACCACCCAUACAAGUAUUCUUUUAAAUCUUAAAUGGGAGAUUGAAGUUGACACAUGUUCAAAGCCAAUUCAAUGUGCUAUGGAUAUUGCUAUUCGUAUACAAGAUCGUGAUGCAUCCAACUUUGGAAUUCGAAAACUUUUGCUAGGACCCUCAAGACAAUUAACAAAACAAAGCGGUGUCUUUUUGAUCUCCUUAAGAUCUCCUACAAUACGUCGUGUAAGCCAAUUAUGGAGAUUAAAUACCGCAACUAAACAAAUUCCUGGAGAAGAGUAUCUAAGACCUUGGCGACCCCGUGGGGUUUCACUCGUAAAUGAUUAUCGGCAUAUUCAAGAACGAAUUCAACGUAAAGAACAAGUUGAAAUUGCUAAACAAGCCAUUAUUUUUCAUCAAACUAGAUCACAAACAAGUCAAAGUUUGAUGACACUAGAUGAUGAUAAACAUCAUUUUUCAACAACAGUAUUAGAAACUAAAAAGACUAAUUUAAUCCGAAAGGUGCUUUCAUUAUGGAAUAGUAAAUGGGAAACGACCCAAGAGAUAAUUUUAUGUCAAGAUCCACCUAUUCCUGGUAUGCAAGGUCAUCAAAAUCAGACAGAAAUGUGGAGUCUAACGACCAAAUUAAUUUCCGAAGUUAAACUAAUAACUGAAUUUGAUAAUGUAACUAGAAAAGGAUAUUUAAUAUAUCAAGAAAAUGCCUUAGAUAAUAAAUGGACUAAAAGAUGGUUUGUCUUACGAAGACCAUAUAUUUAUAUUUACACUAAUCAAUCAGAAGUUGAAGAACGGGGCAUAAUUAAUAUCUGUAAUGUCAGAAUCGAUUAUAAUCAAGCUCUUGAAGAAUUGUUAAAGCGUAAUUAUGUUUUUUCAAUUUACACAAAUAAUAAUGCAUAUAUUUUACAAGCCAAUUCUAAAUCAGACAUGUUGGCUUGGAUGAAAAAUAUAGAUAAAUUAUAUGUAUUGUAAUAGUAGAAAAAUUAUGUUAUUAUGCUAUGUUGUAUUUUUUUUUUCAUAUUUAUAUACCCGCCCUCUAAAUUCACCUCCUUUUUAUACACCAUCACCCUCUUUAAAUAUACCCAAUUUCAAUCAUUAUUACCACCAUUCCCAUCUUUUUGUGCAACUUUCCUUUUGUACCUUCCCUUGAAAAAAAAGUUAUGCAUAAACUAUAUAAUAUAUACAUAAAGAUGUAUAUGUAUGUUAUUUCAACAGAACAUUUAAAGUAUUGUGUGAGAGAUGCACAUGAAUUUUAUUAAAACUGGAGUGGGAAACAAC